UUUCGAACACUUUGUUUUGUUCACACAGUUUCAAUGCCUCUUAAUAAGAAGCAUUGCUAAUUGAGUGCUAUUAUAUACUAAUAGAUUCAUCAUACUUAUAUGAAUUUUGAUACUUUGUUUUAGUUGAGGGCCACAGGCAAAGAAAUAAAUCCUGUGAAGAUGUAUGGCACUUAUCACCCAGACAAAAGGAAGAAUGGAGAGCUUAUUACUUGUGCUUCACACGAUGUGAUAAAGGAGGCUUUGAGUAAAUUGUACGAUGUUUGUCAAGAUGAUAGCCCACAACAAUCUGAACCUUCAAGUCAAGAGGAAAGCUCUGCAACACCUAAUAUCUCUUCAGCUAAGUUAUCUUCAAGAUACUUGGAAAUCGUUGGGUGCAACAAGAAAAGAGUUCUUGGAACGGGCAGUUAUUCAAAGGCUUUCCUUCAUCGAGUAAGUGUUUGUAAUGCAGAACACUCGUCUUCAUCAAGAGCUCGUCGGUUGCAUGAUUUUUGUGUUUUUUGGGAUGCACGCAUGAGGGAGUUCUUAAUUUAAGAAGGUGAUCAACUCCCCCCUGAAAUGCCAAUUGUGGAUGACAUUAUUCAAGACAAGGAACCUGACUCACAGCCCAAGAACUUUGAACAAACGUGGCUGCCAUUUUUGAAAUCAAUGGGGAUCGAUGCACCAAGUUUCUUUGCCACAUCAGAAUCCUCUAAAGACUCCAUGGACUCUCUUGAUGAAUAACUCUCUCAUUAGAUUUGUGUUAAGUUUGAUAUUAAUGUGUUUUUUUAAUGUUGCAUUUCACUAUGGAUUGAUGAAUGAUGAAUGAUGAAUGUUUAUUUAUUAGCAAGCUUUUGAUCAAUACAUUAAAUGUUAUGUGUUGAAAGUC